AUGCAUAGCCAGGUCUUCAAGGUGUUUGUCAUCAAGAUGAUGCACUUCUUCAAUCCAGUUUCUCAAUAUGAGCAGCAUUACCAUAUAGAAGGGCAUUUUGGUUUUGGAGUUCUAGAGCCCACUCAUAGAAUGCAUAACUUCCCUGUUGAGACCCCAGUACCUUCUUUCAAAGUUUGGUGUCCCAUCUCAAGCGACCUCAGGAGUGAGUUCACCAAUUCUGAAGAGGAGUCACAGGUUGUCUUUGCAGUGAAGGAAUCAACUACUAAACUAUGGCACUACAAGGAAUACCAAGUCAGAGCAAGUGCAUUCAACCCAAGGGGAAACAAGUGCAACACAUCCACAGGUCGCACGAAGCGUGGGAAAGUCACGCGCGUGGAUGCGAAGGUGUGCACAGAGAGUGGUAGGAUGCACGAAGCGUGGGAAAGUCGCACACUAAUAGGCAAAAGUGCACAAAUGGCUAGGAAUGCGAUGGGGACUAGGGAAGAUGAUGACUGA